GCUGACAAUAUCUGCAGAAUAUAGUUUUUCCCCCCAUGAGAGAAUGUGUGCUGACUCUCACAGAUAUGCAUCUUCUCUCAUGUGUUUUUAGCCAUAAUUGGAUUGGAAUAUGAUCAAAUCUUUCCAUCAUCUUUCCUUAUCUGUGCUUUGGGUUUCAUUUUGUUUUUUCCCAGGUUUUGAAUUGAACAUCAAAAUGGGCUGAUAUGUUCACUUCAAGUCAAUCUCUUGUCUUUCCGGUGAAAGAACUUGUGUAGUAUCCGUACGCUGGUACUGGUACAAGUGGGAUUUCUUUUUCUUCUUUUGUUGGUUUUUUUUUUUUACAAAUCAAGAUGGCGACGUACUUUCAUGGAAGCUCGGAAUUCCAAACUGCUUCUGCUGCACCUGAUGGGAUGCAAACGCUUUUUCUUAUGAACCCCAACUACGUUCCUUACUCCGAUACACACCAACCAGCCGCCGCCCCAAACAUGUUCUUCUUAAACCCCACAAGCUUACCCCAAGCGCCACCGCCUAACAACCAUCAGCGCUUCCUUGGUCUUCCUCUCCCGACACCGCCAUCGGUUUCCAUAAGGCCGGUCAGUUCCGAUGAUCCCCACCGUUCAUCGCCUCUUCACGGUGUAGUCCCCGGUUUCCACUCCAACUUAUGGGGUACUUCAAGUCUUGAUCAUCAGAAUUCUCCACCAAGAAGUACUAGCUAUCCUCAGUUUGUGUCGGCAGCCGAUAAUAAUAACUCGGGUGGGUCCCACGAUGUCACCUCGUCGCAGACGGGGUUUCGUCUGCCGGUGGUGUCUCCUAGGCAAGGUUUAUCCCUGAGUUUAUCAUCCCAUAAAGCGGCUUAUAAUAGGUCGAGCAAUUAUGUUGAAACAGACAUACAAGGACAGCAACCUCAAGUCCCAACCAUGUCACUGGCCGACGACGUGAGGAUAUCGGGGAACUCACCUUCGUCGGUUUCCGUCGUUUCAAACUGGAUUCCCGGGGCUCAGAGUGUGGUCUUGGGAUCAAAGUACUUGAGAGCAGCGCAAGAGCUUCUUGAUGAAGUGGUUAAUGUGGGGAAAGGGUUAAAGACUGACGUGUCUGAGGGGACCAAGGAGAAGAUAAAGAUGAACAAAGAACCAGUGGCUGCUGUGAUCGGGGAAGGUUCAAGUGCUGCUGAAGAUGGGACCAAACGUGUAGCCGAGCUCACCACAGCACAAAGACAGGAGCUCCAGAUGAAGAAAGCAAAACAAAUCAGCAUGCUUGAUGAGGUGGAGCAAAGAUACAAACAGUACCAUCAUCAAAUGCAAAUAGUGGUUUCUUCGUUCGAGCAGGCGGCGGGACUCGGUGCAGCGAAAUCGUACACUGCACUUGCUUUGAAGACGAUUUCGAAGCAGUUCCGGUGUCUGAAAGAUGCGAUAUGUGGACAAAUCAAAGCGACGAGCAAGAUUUUAGGAGAAGAGGAUUGCUUGGGUGCAAAAGUGGAGGGUUCAAGGCUACGAUACGUGGAUCAUCAGCUCCGGCAACAGCGAGCGUUGCAGCAGCUUGGAAUGGUCCAACACAGUGCUUGGAGACCCCAAAGAGGAUUACCCGAACGAGCAGUUUCCGUCCUUCGUGCUUGGCUUUUCGAGCAUUUUCUUCAUCCGUAUCCUAAAGAUUCAGACAAACAUAUGCUUGCCAAACAAACAGGGCUUACACGAAGCCAGGUGUCAAACUGGUUCAUAAAUGCUCGAGUUCGGCUAUGGAAGCCAAUGGUUGAAGAAAUGUACUUGGAGGAAGUCAAGGAACAAGAAAAGAAUGGCAGCGAACCAAACCCAAACGAAACUGGGCAAAAGGAGUUUGGGUCUACCUCCAAUGUCCGCCAAGAGAACAUAUCAUUUAUGAUGGAACAAGUCAAAACUCAAUCCCAGACCCAGAAUUCCAUCAAUGUUCCCCCUACUGAUCAAUUUUCCAACUCCAUAUCUCCCAUGGGAGGAGCCUCAUAUCUGCCACAAACAGCCUUCAAUCUCAUCGGCUUGUCCGACCUCGACGGUGCAGCUCAAAGAAGCCCGAAAAAGGCAAGGGGUACUGUUAAUGACCUGCAGAAUUCCCCUAGUAGUAUCCUUUCAAUGGACAUGGAAAUGAAGCAAGGUGAUGAAAGGCUUCCCAAGGACAGUUACUCGUUUCCCGGCGGUGGAUUUGCGACAUACGGUGAUGCCAUGGGAGAUAUGGGGAGAUUCGAUCCGAACCAGCUGACACCGAGGUUUCACGGGAACAGUGUUUCGCUCACCCUUGGGCUUCCCCAUUGUGAGAAUGUGUCACCGUCAGGGAACCACCACCAGAACAUUCAGAUAGGAAGAAGGCUAGAGUUAGGGACAGCAGAAUCUGAUUUUUGUUCGAGCAACAACGCACAACAAGCUUCUCAUUCCACCACCUUUGAGAUGCAAAACAGGAAGAGGUUUGCAGAGCAAUUGUUACCUGAUUUUGUGGCAUGAAAAAACCAAACCCAACCCUUCACUUUCGCUUCUUUUCUCCCAAACACUUCGGGAGAGCAUGCAUAAAAGAAGGCUGAAUAUCAAUUUCUAUAUAUAUAUGAUGCUUGCUCGACUCUAAAGGGAAGGUGGAUGGUUUAUAUAUAUAUAUGUAUAUAUAUAGGUAAUUCGUAUAUGUUCUUACGUAGUUUAGCCUUGAAUUAUUAAGGUUGAGCAUUAUAUAUCAUAUUGAUACAAUUGGAGACAUUUGGAACAUUUUAUUUAUAUGUAGAUCUGCAAAAUGGGGUGUA